AUGUCGAAAACUGGUGGAAACACGGAGCCAAUGCCAUUCAUCCGGAAAUGGGGCAACGAAGCUGGCGAAGAUUUGGGAGCUGCCCCCAGUGCAACAGCAGCUCCACCACCAGCACUUGUUGUGCCAACAAUUUCCUCCAUGUCGUCUGGUGAUAAUAAAUCGCCAUCUCGUUCGGAAUCGGUGUCUGAUCGAAAAAGGGACCGAUCACGUUCUCGUGAUCGUGACCGCAAGAAGGAUCGAAAGAAGAAGGAUCGUUCACGUGAACGAGAUCGUGAACGCCGAUCCUCUCGUUCCCGUUCUCGAUCUCCUCGAGAUAGAGAUCGUGAACGUCGUCGUCGGCGGUCUCGAUCACCACCACCUCGUCGUCGAAGCCGAAGCGGUGGAGAUCGUCGGCGUAGAGAACGAUCACCUCCGUCAAUGGUUCCGAAUAGUCCGCAACGAGUUAAAGAACCUGUGAUAAAUCCAUUGAUUCGGGAAGAUUUGGCUGCGGCUGUUGAAAGUGGAGCAGUACCUGUUGAAGCUGUACAAGCUGGUGCAGUUGUUGCGUUGAAUCCCGCCAAAAAAGAAAGAAGAAGUCGUUGGUCUACAACAAAAAGUUUUGUUCCGGGAAUGCCAACAAUUCUACCAGCUGAUUUGACUGAGGAUCAACGGAAUGCAUAUCUUCUUCAACUCGAAAUUGAGGACGCCACACGGAAACUACGUCUCGCAGAUUUUGGAGUCGCCGAGGGAAGAGAACGAUCUCCAUCUCCUGAACCAGUUUACGACGCAAAUGGUAAGCGGUUGAACACUCGUGAAGUGCGGAAACGGCAGGAAUUGGAACAGUUGAGACAUGAGAAAAUUCAAGCUUUAUUGAAGAUUAAUCCGAAUUUCAAACCGCCCGCUGACUAUCGUGCUCCAAACAUCCGUCUACACGACAAAGUCUGGAUUCCCCAGGAACAAUUUCCUGAUCUCAAUUUUGUCGGCCUACUCAUUGGUCCACGUGGAAAUACGCUGAAAAGCUUGGAAGCUGAAACUGGAGCCAAGAUUAUUAUCAGAGGAAAAGGAUCUAUAAAAGAGGGAAAAUUGACGAAUCGACUCGGACCGAUGCCUGGAGAAAAUGAGCCAUUACAUGCAUAUGUAACUGGAACUGAUAUGAAUGUUAUCAAAAAAGCAUGUGAGAAGAUUAAACAAGUGAUUGCUGAAGCCACUGCUCUGCCGGAUAACAAUGAGCUCAGGAAGCUGCAACUGAGAGAACUCGCACUGUUGAAUGGAACUUUCCGACCGGAGGAUUUGGCAAACGGAGCUCGUUGCUCGAAUUGCGGCUCAGACGAGCACAAAUCAUGGGAAUGCCCGGAUGCUCCAAAUGUGACAAAUCAAAUAAAAUGUACAAAUUGUGGAGCAUUUGGUCAUAUUUCAAAGGAUUGUAAAAAUCCAAAGGGAAUGUAUGCAUCAGAAGCUGGAAUGGAUGAUGAAUAUUCGGCUCUGAUGGCUGAAUUGGGUGAAACUCCGGCUGCUGGAGCUGGAGCCGGAGGAGGAGGUGGAGGACAUGUUGCAUCAGCUGGUGGUGGAAUUUCAGCAAUGACUGGAGCAGGAGGAGAAGCUCCUGGUGGUGGAGCUGGAGGACGAGGUGGUGGAGCUCAUGGAGGAGCUGGAAGAGGUGGAGGAUAUCAAGGUGGACGUGGAGGAGGACGUGGAUUCCAGAAUCCACGGGAUUUAUUUGGACCACCGAAAGGAGAAGAAGAGCAGCAACAGCAGGCGAAUGCUUCGAUGCAGCAUGGAUAUUAUGAUCACUAUCAACAAUACGCCUAUCCUAAUCAAUAUCAACAACCUUAUGGUGCACCUGCACCUCCAGGAGGAUCAGCUUACGGUCACCAACAGCAGCAGCAGCAGCAGCAACAACAAGACUACAGUGAUUUCUACACAAGCCCAGGAGCCCGUGGAGGAGCUGGAGCCAAAGCCAACAAAGGAUGGUACGGAAGUGGUGGCGGGUCGUCUAUGCCGAUGCCUGUACCUCCACCAGGCGGCCUAGGCGGUUUCAUGCCUCCACCACCUCCACCACCACCAAUGCCUGGAGAUUUGUCGUCACUUUUGGCCGCUGCUCCACCGCCACCGCCUAGUUAAAUUUGAUUUUCACAAUUUUCCUAAUAUUCGAUACUGUAAUUCGUUUUUUUUUCCAGUUUUUAAUGUUCUUUUAAAAGUGGAGUAGGAGUGAGGAAAAAUCCACGCGAUUUUUCGAUUUCCCGCUAAAAUUAGAACUCCGACCAAUCAGCGAUUUGCUCCGCCCACUUUUUUAUCUCAAAGGUGGGCGGAGCGAAUCGCUGAUUGGUCGGAGUUAUCAUUUUGGCGGGAAUUUUGAAAAAUCGAGUAGAUUUUUAAUUUUCCCGAUUUUUGUUCUCAAAAAUGCUGCAAAAAAUUUUUUAACGUUUUUGUCACACUUUUCCUCAAAAAUUAAAAAAAAAAAGUAAAAUUAUCAAUUUUUAAGUUAUUAUUUUAACAAUUCUUAAGUUUUUGCAGCAAAUUUCUUUCGAAUAUUUUUGUUAAAAAAUUAAACAUUCUAAAAUCGAUAAUUUCACAUUAAUUUUCAAUUUUUGCGAGAAAAUGAGACAAAAAGUGUAUAAAAUCAAUAAUUUGAGAAAAAUUGAAAAAAAACUCGCUUCUUCUCUCCAUUUUUGAAAAAUGCUAUAAUAUUUAAUUGUCCACUAAUAUUUCUGUCUUCUGAUGUUUUUUAUUUAUAUUUUUUAUCCAAAAAUCCAAAAAUUUCUAUUUCUUUUCAUUUUUUCCGCCCCUAAAAAAGCUGUUUUCUCUUGCAUUUUCAAUUUAAUUUAUAAAACAAUGGGAUUU